GCGAUCGUUGCCUUUCCUCUCCCUGUGUCAAUAGGUGAAUCCGGAUGGCCUACAUUCACAAUGGGCGAGUAGUGGAGAAGAAGCCUUUCACCCUCCGAGGCUUCCUGCUCGCACUCUACUCCGCCCUUUCACUGUUUCUGCGCACCUUCGUCUCUCUGCAGCCCAUGUCUCAGGCGAUCGAAGAGCACCAGCACCCCACACCGGGUGCGACCAACGGGGGCUGGAGAAGCUCGUUGCAAGGGCUGCUGUCCCGGGGCAGAGGACAGGCGCUGGGGGGCGGCGGCGACAACCGCCGGGGCAGCGGCGGCGGUGGUAGCAGCUGGGCGGAUGCGGUGAACCGCCGUGGGGGGAAUAUCCACUCGCUGCCGAAACCACCCAUCGGCGGUGGCUGCGCUGGUGGCGGUUGA